AAUGUAAAAUCCACAGACAAUGGAGUAGGAUAUCAUAGCCUUCAUCAAUAAUCCUGCAGAGGAAAACACAGAAAAGAUUCAUGACUAUUUACAUAAGCUGUCUGGAAUGAAAUAUAAUAGUCAAAUCACAUAUAAGUCACCUAAAUAUUGUGCUUUAUCAGGAGUAGAGCUGGAAGAGGAUUUUAUAAUAAUAGAUAAUCACUAUUUCUCACCUAAGCAAAUUUCAUCUUAUUAUUUAAGAGAUGGUAUACUAGAUGUUUCGAUUGGGGAUCUACACUUUAUUAAAUAUGGUAAUGACAAAGAGAUUAUUAAAAUUGAAUUAACAUGGGAAAUUCUUAAUAAGAUUUACGGUAAAAAUUUGAAUUAGUCAUUAAAAGAGUAGAAAAUUAUUAUUAUGCUAGGGCUUACGAUCAUUUUAAUUAAAGAACUUAGCAACCUGUCACAUUUAAAUGCGAGUUAACAGGAAGAUCUGGUGUUAUUUCGGAAUAAAAGAUUGUAAAUGGAAAAUAAGUAUGCUCUGAAUAUGCAGCUCAUCAAAAAAAAGAACAAUUAAGUGAAGAAAAAAGAAAAUAAGUAGAUUCCUCAUAGGGAUUUUAAUAAGGUGCAGGGAAUAGCUAAUAUAUUUAUUGA